AUGCCCCAAUGGCACGACCAAUUUCGCGUGUGGAUAAAGAUUGACGGAGUAGACGCUGAAGAGUAUGGCGUGGAGGUCGACGAGGCGGAGAGGGUUGUGUCCUGCUGGAUUGGGUCAGAGGUCGGAAAAACCUUCACUGUAGAAUGGGAUAUUCACCUGGACUAUGUGUCAACCCUGUGCGGGAGGGUGUAUACGGACGGUGUUCGGUGUGCUGGAAAGUAUUUCACCGGCACGAAGCCACACCACACUUUUGUGGCGCGAGCAGAGCGAAAACUAUCGAGCCUUUCUUGUUUGGCGCCCUUACUCUUAGUGGUAUGCCCAGCCUCGUCUGACUUCUCAAGCCCACUCGAGCCUGCAGAUGAUGAUGAAUUACUUGCCACAGGGCCGAAUCUCCCGGACUUGGGUGUCAUAGAGCUAAGGGUUGUCCCCGUCGAACUGGGAGAAUCAACAGCGCAGGAAACACCGGCGACUCUGCCAUCGCUGAAACUCCACGAGCAGUCGAAGAAAGCCAUCACACAGCAAAUACAGCUUGGUCCUGCUCGGGCCUCCUCCCAUUGCUUCCGUCAGUGUACAACUACCGGCCCGCACCUUGUAAACUUUCGUUUCAAAUACCGGCCGAUUGAAAUCCUGCGCGCCAACGGAAUUGCACCGCCUCUUGAGCGCAAAACGUCUGAAUCUCCCACUAGGUCUGAGUCUGCGGAACCAGGACAGGAUGUCGACGAUGAUGUGGAUGAAAUGAAGCGACUUGAGGAACAGCUUUUGGCUGUAAAAGCCCGAGUAGCGGCGAAGCAAGUGGACAAGAAGCCGCGUAUCAAGCGCGAGCUCAUAGACUUGACAGAACCAGACCCGCUUGAUCAUCCCCCGGCGAAGAAGAAAGUGAAACGGGAGAAUGGAUCGAGCGAGGUGAUUGACUUGACUUAG